AUGGCGCAAUCUCCUUUCAACGCACCUCGUGCCCGCGCAGCGUACAUCAAACCCCAGCAUCCCACCGACCCCCUUAACCUGCCGUCACCACGUGAGACACAUUUCCUUCAUCCCGGCUACCCCGACGAUGACUCUUUGUUACUGAGUCUGCCUGCUCUCGACAGUCCUGACGGUAUUCAUCACCAGACAGCAUUGGAUGUAUGUGCCCUCGUGGCCGGUAACAGGUGGGAUGGCUUCUUCACACUCGAUAAAGACGGCAAGCUGCGAGUUCCCACGGACAACAUGGAUGCUUCUUUGCACGGAAAAGCGUAUUAUUUCCACGUUCCGGCAGAGGAUAGUGAUAACCCAGGCAUCCGCAAAGACUACCCUAUUGUGCCGACCUUUACAGAGUGGAAAUUCCCUCACAACACUCUUCCAGCGCGCUGGAGCCGGGAACCUACCUUUGAACCGGCCGACGUUCGACGAUGCCUCCUUUCAAAGUCGAUCAGCCUCCUUGAAAUCGCCCAUAUUAUCCCUCGGGAUAUGUUCGAUGAGAAGUGGUUUAACGACAAUGGAAUGCUCCGCUACGAUGGGAUCCACAGCAACAGAAACAUCAUGACUUUGAAGGUGGAUGUGCACCAGUACUUUGAUCGCAAGCCCAAGUUCGUGAUUGUGCAAAAGUAUGGCAAAAUGGUGGCACAUUUUUUGAGAUGUCGUUCUGCCGAGGAACGCGAACCCGUCGAGCUCUACCACAACGUCCCAGUCGCCAUCGCCGAACAGCACCACUGCUUCCUGCUGGCUCGGCUCGCUUGGACCGUCUUCCCACUUAUCGAGCUUUUCCUGAAGAAAGGUGUGUCGCGACGCCUCCUGCGCAAGACUGGCGAGGGCGUUGAAGUCGUGGAAGAGAAUGCUCGGAGGUGCAUCCAGGCCUUUCUGGACGGCCAACCGCGGAGUGCAAGUCCCACGAAGCGGGCCCGAAAGGACAAUGGGGAGGCGCAAGACGCGUGUGACUGGGGGAGCCAGGACGCGAGUGGUUGGGAGAGCCAGGAUGUGAGUGAUUGGGAGAGCCAGGACGCGAGUGACUGGGAAGAGCAGCUACGGGGGCGAAAGAGGAGGCGCGAGUUGUCAGUGUGUGGUACGCAACAUGCGCACUUGAUAUCAGGUGAAUAG